UACAAACCUUACAACAUACCCUUUGGACUAACCUUUAAAAACACCAAACACACAGGACCAAACUAUCUAAUAUCAUGCCUCGUGUACACUCAGCAACUGUGUUGGCCGAGACAAUCUCUUGGUACUGUGCCUUGCUCUUGGCAUUAAUGCUGGUGCUGAAUUGUUGUCAGCCCAUCGAAAGCGAAUUCGACGUAGAGAUGCUGCAGAAUGACAUGAUGAUGAUGAUGGACAACAAGGCAUGCGACGAGAUUUACGUGGUUCGGGAAGGAGAGACUCUGCAAACCAUUGGUGAGAAAUGUGGCGAUCCUUAUAUUGUGGAAGAGAAUCCGCAUAUCCAUGACCCGGACGAUGUUUUCCCCGGUCUGGUUAUCAAGAUUAGUCCUUUCAACAAAAGGUAGAGACUUCUUCAAUUUUCACAAGCUUGUUUUGGUUUUCAGGGAUGGAGGUUUUUAAUCAAUAUUGUUGUCCAAUUGUAUCGGUCGACUUUAAAGGGAUAUACAAUUAAUGUCUUGAAUGUACAUUAUAUAGAAUUGUGAAACUUGUGUAAUUCAUUAAUGGAAUAUCAAAAUAAGUCAAUUUUUGUGUACUAUGUA